GCAAGUGUGCAUAGUGAUUAUUGAAGAACAUACACUAACUCCUCCUUCUUCUCUCUUGAAUCUUGAUUCAUGGCGAAGCUUCAGAGCUUGUUCUCCAUGAGGCACUUGUUGGUGCUCUCUCUCGCUCUCAAUGUAAGCCUCAUACUCAGAAUAAUCUAUGAUUCCCAACUUGAUCUCUUCUUCUACAAAUAUCCUCAUCAGGGGCAAAUUAGUAAUCUCCACACUCACAAUAAACCUCGCUUGCUUAUAUCUUCUUCUUUCUCCAACUCUUCUUCUUCUUCUACUUGUGAGGAUCAUCAUCAACCACCACCCAAAAACAACAACAGAGUCAUCAAUCUCGACCAUGGAGACCCGAGAGUGUACGAAGCAUUUUGGAGAGAAACGGGAGAGAAAACAACGAUCAGAAUUGCAGGGUGGCAAUCAAUGAGUUACUUCUCAGAUGUGAGCAAUGUUUGUUGGUUCCUAGAACCUGAGUUUGCAGAGGAGGUUGUGAGGCUCCACCGUGUGGUGGGAAAUGCUGUCACAGAGGAUCGUCACCUUGUUGUUGGAACGGGUUCCUCUCAGCUCUUUCUUGCUGCUCUCUAUGCUCUCUCUCCAACUCAUUCUCCUCAACCCAUCAGUGUUGUCUCUGCUUCCCCCUACUACUCUAUGAGAGAUGUUGAAAUGCAGUCAUACCCAUCAAUGACGGAUUACCAGAAAUCAGGGCUAUACAAAUGGGGUGGUGAUGCUGACAAGUUUGACAAAAGUGGGCCCUACAUUGAGUUAGUUACUUCUCCCAACAACCCUGAUGGCUGCGUCAGGCGUUCAGUGCUCAAUCGCUCUGAGGGUCUACUGGUCCACGAUCUUGCUUAUUACUGGCCUCAGUACACUCCUAUUUCUUCCCCUUCCAACCAUGAUCUUACCCUUUUCACUCUUUCUAAGACUACUGGUCAUGCUGGAAUGCGCAUUGGGUGGGCUCUUGUGAAAGACAAAGAAGUAGCAAAGAAAAUGACCAAAUUCAUAGAGCUCAAUACCAUAGGAGUCUCUAAGGACUCACAGCUUAGGGCCGCCAAGGUUCUGAGGGCAGUUUCCGACAGCUGCGAACUACAAGGCGGCGGCGAAUCCUUCUUCCAGUUCAGCCACAAAAUCAUGUCAGACAGAUGGAAACAACUCAGAGAAGCAGUUCAACGUAGUAAUGGAUUCUUCAGUGUCCCUACAUUCUCUCCUUCUUUUUGCACCUUCUUUAAUCAAAAUUUGGAGCCUCAUCCAGCAUUUGUGUGGCUAAAAUGUGAAAGAAAUGUAGAAGACUGCGAAAGCUUUCUUAGAGGACACAACAUAUUAACAAGAAGUGGAACACACUUUGGAGUUAGCCAACAAUAUGUAAGAAUUAGCAUGUUGGAUACAGAUGAAAAUUUUAUGCACUUUCUACACAGACUCUCUACUAUAAACUUUCGAUAGUAGUAGUACUUGCACCUUAAUUAACACAAUGUAUAAUGUAUAAUAUUAUAUUAUAUUAGUUAGUUUCGACAUUAUAUAAUUGAUGUAUGGUUUGUGGAAAGAGAUACAUGCGCACCAAAUCAUGAUGAUAAUAUGUUUGUAUGCUGGUUAAGAUGUUUAGGACUUAAUUAAUGUAGGGGAAUUCUGUUACAUGUAGAACAAUAGAGUUUUCACGCUUAGGUGAACUAAUUAAUUUGAUCUUGUUUUCUCUUAAGAAACA